UGUGGACGAAGAGAUGAGUGAUGAAGAUUGGGAACGAUACAUUCGUGGAAAGUCUUAUACAUCGUUUCAUCCAUGCGGUACUGUUAAAAUGGCACCAGAAUCCCAAGGAGGAUGUGUUAAUCAUCGACUUCAAGUUUAUGGAACCAAAAAUCUUCGAGUUGUCGACGCUUCAAUUUUUCCAAAUGUUCCAAAUGGUAAUACUAAUGCACCUGUUGCUAUGGUUGCAUGGAGAGCAAGCAGGAUAAUUAAAGAAGACUACCUUAAAAA